GCCGCACCUGUGCGCCCGCACCUGCCUGCUCCCCGCCGAGCCACCUCGGCCUCGCACUGCAGCCUCGGGCCGAGAGCCCAGGGGCGGAAAUGGCCAACUCCGGCCUGCAACUGCUGGGCUUUUCCAUGGCUCUGCUGGGCUGGGUGGGCCUGGUGGCCUGCACCGCCAUCCCGCAGUGGCAGAUGAGCUCGUACGCGGGGGACAACAUCAUCACGGCCCAGGCCAUGUACAAGGGGCUAUGGAUGGAUUGCGUCACGCAGAGCACAGGCAUGAUGAGCUGCAAAAUGUACGACUCGGUGCUCGCCCUGUCCGCGGCCCUGCAAGCCACCCGAGCCCUAAUGGUGGUCUCCCUGGUGCUGGGUUUGAUGGCCAUGUUCGUGGCAACCAUGGGCAUGAAGUGUACAAACUGUGGGGGAGACGACAAAGUGAAGAAAGCCCGUAUAGCCAUGACUGGAGGCAUCAUUUUCAUCUUGGCAGGUCUUUGUGCGUUGAUAGCUUGCUCCUGGUAUGGCCACCAGAUUGUCACAGACUUUUAUAACCCGUUGGUCCCCACGAACGUGAAGUAUGAGUUUGGCCCUGCCAUCUUCAUUGGCUGGGCAGGGUCCUCUCUGGUCCUCCUGGGAGGUGCGCUGCUCUCUUGCUCUUGUCCUGGGAGUGAGGGCCCAUCUGGGUACCGUGCACCCCGCUCCUACCCUAAGCCCAAUUCUGCCAAGGAGUACGUGUGAGCUGGGCUGCCCUGCCCCAGCCUGGCAGCCUAUAGGGCACCCCAGACAUCUGAAAGGACCUGGGGCAGAGAGCUCAGCCCGUGGGCAGAGUGCGGAGCAGAAGCCUGCGGUCACUCCAGCCUGGCACACCGUGUACAGUUCCUGGGGGGUUGGGAGGGGGGACCAAAAGGGGAGAGUGUGUGCUUUUUGUACAGUAAUAAAACUAUGUUUUGGAAAGUA